UUGUUCUUUAACAGGCAGAAGAAAUACUGAGGCGAGAGCUAGAGAAGAAAGAAACACCAGGGUUAUAUUGUUUGCUUGGUGAUGUCUUAAAGAUCACCAAUGCUAUGACAAGGCCUGGGAGCUCUCCAGGCACCGCAGUGCCCGUGCACAACGCUCUAAAGGCCUCCUCCAUCUCCGCAACCGGGAAUUCAGGGAAUGUGUAGAGUGCUUCGAACGUUCCGUGCAGAUCAACCCUAUGCAGCUAGGUGUAUGGUUUUCCUUGGGCUGCGCAUACAUUGCUUUAGAAGGCUAUGAAGGUGCUGCCAAAGCAUUUCAGCGUUGUGUCACAUUGGAACCAGAUAAUGCUGAGGCCUGGAACAAUUUAUCAACUGCGUACAUCAGAUUAAAGCAGAAAAUCAAAGCAUUUCGAACCCUCCAGGAAGCACUCAAAUGCAACUAUGAGCAUUGGCAAAUUUGGGAGAAUUAUCUUCUCACCAGUACAGAUGUUGGAGAGUUUUCAGAAGCAAUUAAAGCUUAUCAUCGGCUCAUGGACUUAAGAGAAAAGUACAAGGACACACAGGUGGGGAAGUUUUCAUGUUAAGUCAUUCUGUAUGUUUUUCUUGUGAGACAGAUUACUGCUGAUACUGUUAUCAGUAAUGAUAGUGCACAUACCAAUGAAGUUACAUAGCCAAGCUAUUUGAAUGUAUCUCACUAUAAGACUUAAGUAUUUAAAAUAAAAAUGAACAGGAAAGCCUUUUCCUCAGGAAAUCCUCAGAUUGCCUCAGGUUUUAUAGAAGGAUAACUAUGAAACUGGCAGUUUUCAGGUCUAUUCUUAAACUAAAGGUGCCAUCUUUCCACACUGUUCUCGCAUAUCUCGCAUAGAAAUCGUAUGCAUUAUUUAGCGUACAGAAAGGCAAGCUUUUCCCAUGUGUUUGAAAAUUCUACAGAAGGUCUCUUGAAAGCAAGUUAUGUUUCAUGGAUUGAAUGUGUUAGUAUGACAUUGAUUCUUAAUAAUCUGGAACAAAGGAAAAUAUUGGCAGCACUUUGCUCAUCUUUCACUUUUAGUUCAGUUAAUUUCUAUGUUUGUAAAUGAAUGCUUUAGAUAAAAUCCAGAAAGCCUACUUUAACAGUCGCCAGUGACAUAUUACCUUGCCUAAAACCAGAUUCUGAUCUAAGCAAGGUUCUGUGCACUCAGUGAAAAUAGCAAGGUGAAUCUGAAAGGAAAUCUGAAGAGGUCCCUUCAGGAAUUAUCAGUGAACUGCAUAUGAGCAUUUAGGGAUUUUGUUUGUAGCGCCAAGGUUAGGGAAUCCAGCUGUAGCUGGUCUUUGAAAUCAGGGGUAUGUCUCUUUUCUUAUUCCAUAAAAUGAUUUAAAGGAGCAUUUGUAAAUCUUGGGUGGUUGAGUUCGGUUUUGAGGAGAGGGAACUGCCUAGCUUUGGUUGUGGAAAUGUAUCGUUUGUUCAUGGGUUUGGGAGGCCUCGGGGAGAUGGAGUGCUAAAGCUUCUUUCAGAUUACUGUUGAAUAAGUUGUACAUGAGUACAAUACUAUUAUGAAGCCAACCACAUAUGGGAUAGCAUUACGUAUAAAUUAUAUAUUUUGAGUUUUGUAUGGCUGAAUAUUAAAGGUCUCUGAAACUCUGCAUUAAAAGUAUAUAUGAAAAACAGUCUCAUAUACAGUAAAGAUUAGUCUGUUUAGCAUAUUGUGAUUCUUGUGAGGUCUGUGAUUAUUCAGGGAACAUUUUAUAAAUAAUAUGCUUUUUAUGGCUUGUUUCCUUAUGUGCUAAUUCAAAAAUAUUUUUAGAGCUAAUGUACUAUAUCUUUAUUCUUUAUUCUAAUUGAUGUUUGUGAAGGAAUCAAACAUCCUGUUUCUGCUCAUUCUAGAUAUUUGGAGAUGAGACAUGCUCCUAUUAAAAUGGUUAUUGUCAAGUUUUAUGUAGGAUAUUUAAUUAAAGUAUUUGGGGAUGUUGCCUCCAAUAAAUUUCUGGUUUUGUUCUGUAGCUUUUUCAUCUCUUUUCCCUAAAACUUCUAAUCUUGCGUUAUUAUUUUUACCCAGAAUUAUAGAUAUACUAUGUAUACUACAAUUUUUUAAUUAUAACCUGAUUUUAACUAUAUGUUCUGUUAUGCGAUACACUUUAUGGCUCUCAGCGUAGCUCCUGAUACAAUUUACUCAUGUAGAAGUAUUUUACUGUUGGCCAAGGAAAAACUCAGAGCCUGAUUAAGAGUUUUAGAGAGGCUUUAAUCAGUAGUCUUUACAAGAAAGAGAAGAAUGUUUCCAUAACAAAACAAGAUCAAAAAUGAAGCACAUAAAACUGUUGAGAUUGUUUACAAAGCUCAAUUUAUGACCCACUCCCAUUUGCCAACUAGCCUUCUCUAACAGAGAUACGCUGUGAGCUUCUUCUGCAAUUGUAAUUUAAUGAAGUACAAUCACGAACUUGAGUAAGUGGAAACAUGCACCUCGAUUUCCAUGCAACACAGUGCAAUCUUCUUUUGGGUUAUAUUUCUUAUUUGUAGUAGUCACAGAUUUUAAUUGAUAGGCUAUUAAGCUAUAUCGUAGUAAAGUAGAAGGUUGGAAUUUGGAAAGAAGGCACAUAAAUACUCUUAUUCAACUGAGUUUCUUCUAGAACUCAAAAUGCAUCUAAUAAGGGUGUGUAAUUGAAUUUGUAAUUCGAAAUGUCCUCGGUUAGUGUAGUUAGAGCAAUCAUAUUUGUAAAUCACUGAUUUUUUUUUUAUUAAAAGUAAUGCAUUCCUAUCUUUGUGAUUUCUGUUGGGUCAUUGCUGUCUUUUUCCACCAGAUUUCUGAAUUCAGAAAGGAGCUUUGAGAAUUUUUACUUCUAAUUUAUUGUAGUUAUUAAAUAAUGAUGUUAUCAUUGUGGCAAAGAUUCUAAGAUUAGGAUAUCAUGAAAACGAAUUGACGUAUGUUCAGAUUCUGCAGACAAAAUUUAAUAAGGAAAAGCUUAAGUAUUAUUUAUAUAAAUGAUGAACAACACAAUAAAAGAUUAUGGCAGAGAAAGUACUUUCAAAAGUCCCUGUUUCCUCAUAAUCCAUUAUAAUAUUUAAAGCAUGCUUUUUAACCUUCCUUUCUUACUAGUUCUUAAAAUUCUUUGAAUUUCUUUAACUGUUUUUUUAUUCAUGAACUUACUGAGAAAUAUAACUUGAAAACUUCACUUUUAUUGUUAUGCAAUAAAUUGUACAGACUUGCUGAAUUAUUUGCAGCAGGUGGAUCAGUCACUGAAAAAUACCUGACGAAAAAGCCUUACCUGUUGUAACUGUCAAUUAAGCCUCUGAAUUAUUAGUCUGAGGCUAUAAAUACAGCUGAGAGAUUUCUGCAACUGCUAAUGAUGUUGCUUUGUACCACAUGCCCUUUCUUGGAGCCAAGACUUUUUUUUUUUCUACUUGGAAAGCUGCAGUUCUGCGAAUAACAAAGUUGUUUUGCAGGUGGAAAAGCUGUUUUGCUACGUUGCUUUCAGAAACCAGAUCUCCAUCCUGCACUGUGAAAAAAAUGAGUUCAGAAAUAUGGAGAAGUAGUUCCUCCGCAAUUUCGUAUUCUUGAGAAACAGACAAAAAGUUUUUCUGUUACUUUUUCCAUCAAAUAUUGUCCUCUUUUCAGUGAUUCAUAUUGUCAGACUGUUUUUUAAUAAGACUGUUUUUAAUGCCUGCGAAGGCGUGUUUCAAGCGGAUUCUGAGGAGAGAGAACAGGAGUUGAUGCUUUGUCCUCUAUAAUAAAUCCUUAAUUUGGAGACUGGAAGGGCACAGGAGAGAGCUCAGUUGUCAUUUUGGACCUGGUAUCUGAGAGUUCCUUUUUUACUGAGCGCUGUCAGUCUUUAUUUGCAUUAGUUAAGCUUCUAGAAGUAGUUGGAUGAAGUGAAUUUUUAUAUGAAAGGAACUGUUUGGAGAACAAUUCUGAAAUAAGAUUGAUACCAGCCAUAGCAUUUAAAAACAAUUAUAUUUGUUAGUAUGUCCAGAUGGGGUCUUUAGCAUUCACAAAAGAAAAGGAGUGAGAAGAAUAUAAGUGGUGUGACAUACUAAACAGAUAUUCUGCAUGGUUGAUCCUGUGUAGCAUAGUUUAUUAACAGAGGCAAAAGAAACAAACCCUACUACUUGUGUAGGAUCCUGGGCAGCAGAGCACUGCUUCAUUAGUUCACUGUAUAUGGCAGCUUAACUCCCUCAAAGGUAUAAAUUAACAUCUAACACUCACUUAAGGCAACUGUCUAAAAUGGAAAGCUGUGCUGGACUCCUAAUACUUCUUGACAAUUAGCACAAUUCACUUGCUAUUCUUAACAGCUUUAUUUAACAAUUGGGCACAGCCAAGUAGUGUUAAUCAUUAAUUAGUAUUUAAUGGACCCUUUAAUUUGGGGUUUCACACUGGCUGUAUUUUAACUGCUGUAAUGCUAAUGCUUGUAUGCUGAAUAACAAA